AUGUACACCUCGCUGCAAGCGUUGGAACGGACCAGAGGCAAGCAGACGACCUACAACCCAUGGAAUCAGAAGUUUAUAUCCCAUGAACUGAGAAGCCCUCUUCACGGAAUACUGAGAAGGUCCCAGCUGGUACAUGACAUGCAAUUGAACUCACUUCAGCGCGGAGUACUGCCCACAAUAGAGUCUUGCGGACAGACUCUGUUGACCAUCACAUCAUCAAUCAUCUUUUAG